AUGAGGGCGAGGAUGAUGAUGAGGAGGAGGGGGAAUGGGAAGAGGUCGAGCCACGUCUGGUGCACGGGCAGCGAUGACAGCGUCGCGCGAAGCACGCUCGUGAGAGCAUCUCUGUUUCAAUCGGAGCAGCAGCACAAGUUCCCUGCUCGACGGGUGGCCGCGGCCCCCUCGAUGCGAUGUUCCCUGGUGCUCCGAGCUGCCGAGGGCCCCGACCAUCCACCUGCGGCGGUCCUGGGCAAGCCGCCUCGGGGUCGGGAUCGGUGUACGCGCCUGGCCCAGCCAGGAGGGCCCAAGAUCGGCCUGGCCAAGACUGGUGUCGGUGGACAGUUGGGGUCCUCCGUGUUUGCAUUUUGA